AUACAUUCUAGAUUACUGGAUCGGACUGUGUACUACUCUUGGCAACUUAUAGUACUUACUAUGGCUUCGUUGAACUCUGGCUUGGUGCUCGAUGAGACUGGGUAUAGACUUGAUGAGGAAGAGAGCGCGUUUUAUAAAGCGCAGACUGGAUUAGAGGACGAUGCGGCGUUGAAGGAUCAUUUGGUGCGGGUGCAGGCGGAGGCACUUGCUGUUCACCCUUACGCGUGUAUUCGACACUUCAGAUUCACGAAGCUCAAGAUCUCGCGAUUGUUGGCAUACCCUGACCUGCUGAAACUGGGUAGGGAACGCGAAGGCGCCAUAUUCCUUGAUAUUGGCUGUUGCUUCGGCAACGAUGUGCGAAAGGCAGUAGCAGACGGGUACCCAAUGCACAAUGCAGUCGCUUCAGAUCUUCGACCAGAAUUCUGGCAGCUCGGCUACAAACUCUUCAACGACUCUCCCUCUACCUUCCCCGUCCCCUUCAUACCCGGCGACAUCUUCUCACCAGACCACCUCACCCCACUCCCACCUUUCACCGCCACCUCUCCACCCACGACUCCUCCUCCGCCCCUCUCUCCAACGCCAACGUCAUUGAACCCCCUCCGUGGACACGUGUCCGCCAUCCACGCUUCCUCUUUCUUCCAUCUCUUUGACGAAGAACAGCAGUUCGUGGUCGCCAAGGCGCUCGCGUGCCUUCUGUCGCCUCAAGAGGGCAGCAUGAUAUUCGGACAACAUGUCGGGUCGCCAGAUGGUCCGGAUGCGGGGAAGCACGGCAAACCGCGCCCGGGGAAGAUAGCUUUUGGACAUUCGAAGGAUAGUUGGGAGGCGGUUUGGGAUGGUGGGGUGUUUGAGAAGGGGACUGUGAAGGUGGAGACGACGUGGAAGAAGAGGGUGGAGGAGAUAGAGGAGAUCCAGGGCAAUCCGACCUGGCUUUUGGAUUGGCGUGUGACGAGGUUGUAGUACUUGUUGGAUGUUGCAUUCCUUUAUACUAUACAGUGUAGUUUUUUCCCGC